ACUUCUGGUUGGAACCCGGAAGCGGAGUCCGAGGGCGCAGCUCUGGGUCUUUCGUCUUGCUGUCAAUAGUUGGGGGUUCGGGUCUCUUUGCUCGGCUCGAUGCAUCCGCGGCGCCCUGAAGGCUUCGACGGCCUGGGCUACCGGGGUGGCCGCGAGGAGCAGGGGGGCUUCGCGGCCAAGCCGGACCUAGGCCACUGGGUCAGCACCCCGCCUGACAUCCCCGGUAGCCGCAACCUGCACUGGGGGGAGAAAACCCCGCAGUUCCCCGCCGGGACCCCACUAGGGGCUACCGGGCUCAAUGAAGACCCUCAUUCUGGAGGCGCCGGCGCCAGUUCUGAACAGUUGAAUAGGUUUGCAGGCUUUGGGAUUGGUCUGGCAAGUUUGUUUACAGAGAAUGUGUUGGCCCAUCCUUGUAUUGUUCUGCGUCGGCAGUGCCAGGUUAAUUAUCAUGCCAGGAACUAUCAUCUCACUCCGUUUACUAUUAUUAACAUAAUGUAUAGCAUCAAUAAAGCCCAGGGCCCCAAAGCUCUUUGGAAAGGAAUGGGAAGCACUUUCGUUGUUCAAGGCAUAACCCUUGGAGCAGAAGGGAUCCUCAGUGAAUUCACACCAUUGCCAAGAGAGCUUUCAUAUAAAUGGAGUCUUCGACAAAUAGGAGGACAUCUUUUGCUGAAAGGAAUGACUUGUGUGAUAGCAAUGCCUUUUUAUUCUGCAAGUCUGAUUGAAACGGUGCAGAGUGAAAUAAUUCGGGAUAAUCCUGGAAUUUUAGAUUGCCUAAAAGAGGGCAUAGGCCGAGCAAUGGGUUUUGGAGUGCCCCAUAGCAAACGGCUGCUCCCUCUUCUGGCACUGACCUUUCCUACUGUUCUGCAUGGAAUUAUGCAUUACAUCAUUAGUUCCAUUGUCCAGAAAAUAGUCCUUGUGCUUCUGAAAAAGGAAAAUUCUUCUAGCCUCACAACAGAGGGCACCAGUUCUGUACAAAACAUGCUGGAUGCUUAUUUUCCAGAACUUAUUGCUAGCUUUGCUGCUAGCCUUUGUGCUGAUGUCAUGCUGUACCCAUUGGAGACAGUCUUACACCGCCUUCACAUUCAAGGGACCCGCACCAUCAUUGACAAUACAGACCUUGGGUAUGAAGUUCUCCCCAUCAAUACCCAGUAUGAAGGAAUGAGAGACUGCAUCAAUACAAUAAAGUGUGAAGAAGGCAUAUUGGGAUUUUACAAAGGGUUUGGGGCUGUGGUUGUACAGUAUACAUUACAUGUAGCUUUGUUACAACUCACUAAAAUUAUUUAUUCCACACUGCUUCAGAAUGUUUCUUAAGGGCUAAUAGAUAAUGCCCCUUGAAAAUUCACAUUGAACCGAUAAGCAAAUGAAAUCUGAGAGAUUAGAAUUCACAGUGAUAGUUUUGUAAAUAGAGACACAAGUUCUCCUAUGUCCUUUACACAGUACCUAAUCAGAGGAAAAUGAAAGAUGGCUUUUGAAAUGUUGAAAUAUCUGAUGAGAAAAUAUUUUAAAAUCUCUAUUGUGUAGAAGGUAUGAUUUGUAGAUGGUUACUGAUAUAGCUUCAAACAAUCGUACCAGCAGUUUUGUCAGCAUAAAUUCCAUUUGAAAUGAAUGGUACCUAUACAAAAGUACAGCUGUACGUCCCCCAAAAUGCCUUUUCUGAGGCAGUUGCACAAUUGAUUACUAUUUAGUUUCUGCCUGUGGCUUCAAAUGAGAAUUACUUUGACUGUAUGUGGAUGCUUUCAAAAACUGGGUAGAAUGAAUUUUGUCAAUGCUUACCCGUGUGUUGUUUGUUUUUUCAUGUAGCUGCUGUCCAAAAGGAUUAAAGUCCCAGUAUUUUUUUUAACAUUGUUAUAGUCAAGAACAUCAAUAUUGGAUUUCUAUUGGUAUAGCAGCAUGAUAAUGAUUUCACAUUUUUCUGAAGAACACCAUGUGAAGUCAAAAAGCAGCUAAAUUGCUGUGUCACUUUUUCUAAAGGAAAAUGUCAGUGAUUAAACUUAAUAAGAAAAAAGGGAUAAGAAUCUUAGGUACAGAUGCUCCCCAAGUUUAGCGUUAGGAGGGGAACAUUAACAGAAAUGCAAGGCUUAAGCAAAAUGGCAUAAAGAGUAAAAAUUGAGCAAAAAUUGAGCAAUUGGUCCCUUAGAAUAUGUGGUGGGAAGUACUGUUGAAAUCUAAUGGACUUGCUUUCAUGUAAAUGUGUCCUAAAAUAGCUGCAUUCUCACAAGAAAUACUGUAUGGUCUGUGUAUACAGUCAUAGGCCUUUCAUUAGAGUUUAUUUCCAAAUUUCACUGAAUUAUAAAAGGACUCACUAGCCUCUCAUGUGGUCGAUUUUUUAAACUACCAAUGCUGAAGUUCCUCUGAAAGACCCGUGACUGAAUUUGGUGACAUUUCACUUACUAGCACAGCCUUGAUUUGUGGUUUUAGUCAUUAAUAUCCUUUCUUUAUUUUUCUAGAGCAGGUGGGCUAUAGAGCAGAGCUCUGCUGCCUGUUUUAAUGUAAAACACUGGACUUUAUUCGCUGUCUAAAAACCAAGGAUUAGGCUUUGUAAGUACUAAUUCUGAUCACUAAAUGUCCUGUUUUGCUUCUGUGUCAAUGCUUGAUAUAAUGGAGGUGUUUAGAAAGAUGUGUUUACAAUACACUAGCAUGCUAAAACAACCUUUGGGAAGCUCCUGGCUUUCUUAUAAAUGAACAUGUAUUAUAUAAGAGACUUGGUGUAUCUGUGUGAAUCCAGUAAAUUAAUGUGCAAAUUCAGACUUCAUGUACAGAAGCUUUUGUUUACAAAUGGCUGUAAACAAAGUCAUUGACCAGUUUUGUCACAAAUCAAACGUGUG